GUUUGAUAACAAAUCGUUCUCAAUAUCCGAAUGGCAGUGUGGCAGUUGUGGAGGGCGGUAUGAUCUCAGAAGUUUGACGUAGUUGUCGUCAUGUGUUACACAGUGAAACAGUGAGGAAGACAAUGAAUGGAAAUUUUUUGCCACAUUCUGCAGGCAAGCGAAAGAAGCGUCAUGACCAUAAGCAGUGUGUUUAUCUGGAAGAAUGGCUAGAGAAGUCUAGUCAACAAGUUCAUACAGCGAGGCCACAUUACGGGGGCAGAGAUGAUGCCAGCCCUUCAGGUUACUGGCCACCACCACCAUCUUCUCGACGCCUAUUUGCUGCUCUCUCAGAUCCUGCCGUGUGUCGCUACUCUGCUGUCCCAAUGGGCUAUUCUCUGGAGCCUGUACUCUGUCAGGUUUACCAGCCACCACCUCCAUACCACCCAAUACAAGUGCAACACUGCAGCUACCCUGCCAGGUGCCAAAGAGAACGUCCACGGAAGCAGAAUAUUGCAAGUCAAGCUAAAAUGCCAGCCACAGCUUCGCCAGCCGAUCCAGGACAAGAAUUUGCCAGUCUUCCACCGGCUGCACAAUCCAUGAAUGUUCCAGAGGCAACACAACGGAGGUUCAGUGACCCUGGCCUUGGCCCUGCAGUUGCAAGCAGUGAAGAGGAGAGUGGCAGUGAAGAUGCUGGUGCUUCUGCUGUUAUUGGCCCCAGUGUUCCUGAGCAGAUUGCAUCUCUUCAUAACAUGGUGAAGACUAUGUCACGAGAGUUGCAGGAGCUACGCACAGAACUUGAAACUUUAAAGUUGCAGGCUGCAACAUGGAGGAAUGUAUCUCGAAGUUAUGAACCGGGGAUGCUUUCAGAACUGGUUCGUGAAGUGCGUGAUGCUGCUAGAAUGCGAGAAGAUGCGCUGAUGGCUAGAGUUUGUAAUAUGCUGAGUGCCUCUGACAAACUGAAAUGGAGCAACUCUACUCCACAGCUCUCUGAUCCAGUGAAUGGCCCAGCUGCACCUUCAUCAAUGUCAUCUUGUUUAGGAAUUUCACAAGGUUCAAGGGAAAUUGAGGAACUCAAGGCUCAACUAAAGGAAGCUCUUGUGGAUAAAAAACACACAGAAGAAAGACUGUUGAAGGUUGAAGCUCAAUUACAAAACUUGCGGCUGAAAGAUAAUGUUUGUGACGAAACCCAAGCUGUCCUGGAAGGGAACACUGGAAUGGGUGAUAGUGGACGUGAUAGGGUCCUUAGGCAAGAACUACAGCAACUCAAAUGUGAUAAAUUCAAAUUAACAUGUGAACUUGAAGAAGCUUUGGCUACACGUAAAACUGCAGAAGAAAACGCUGAAAAAAUGGAACGACUUGUUGAUGUUCUUCGAAAGAAGAUAAACGGUGUAGUUCAAGAAGAGAAACAGCAACAAAUCUUGCAAGAAGUGACCCUAAUGGAACAGAGUCCAAGUUCCUUGGAGAAUACCAGUGAGUCACUUGUUAGUGUUGGAAGUAGCUCAACUGGUCGUUCUUCUUCUCUACAGUCACCACAGGUGACAAUGUCAGGUCCAGUAACUGAUCUGUAGCAAGAGUGUGCCUCCUUGCCAUUCCUAAUUUGGGGAAUCGUAGUACUCCUUCAGUUUGAGUCUGGAAGAUGUUGAAAUGUGGAACUUGUUUAGCCAUACCAUGACUACAUCAAUAUUUUAUAUAAGCAUCAGACAUCUUAACAAGAAGGAUGAAGAUAUCUCAGGCUAUGUAUUACCUUUUUGUAGAAAAUCAGUGUACAUCCACCUCAAAUUUACAGGAGAGUGAAAUAAGAAAUCAGUAUUUUUGCUAAUUUGUAACAUGACAUCACAUUCUUAGAUAUUGACAUGAUUCACACAAUGUAUUAUAUUUUGAUAUAAUUUAGCGAAGACAGUGUUAUGAGCAGCAAUAAAUACUCAUAAUUUACAUCAUACAAGCCUAAAUGAAUGCUAGAAAGUUUUUUGGUAC